GAAGCAAAGUACGGACCAAGUCUAAUGACAGACAAGGAUAAUUUGUUGCAAAUAUAUAAAUCUUCACCAAAUCUCAGUAUUUCUGAUGACGCGAAGACAUUGAGAAUAUUGAGUUCUUUUCAGAACACCAUUAAGGAGAAUGAGUACCAGAGAGAUAAACUAAUUCUGGCUUCAUUGGAACCAACCCAAGAACAUAUACUUUCAAAAGAAAAAUCAGAACAUCUAAUGAAGGAGGUUACUCAAUUCCAAGACUCAGAAGAUUCUAAGCAAACUCUAAAUGUGGAUUUUCUAAAGGUUGAAACAAAGAUUGGAAAAAGUGAAACCCAGCAAAAAAAAGUUAAAGCUUAUAUGAAAAAGCCAUUACUUCCACGAAAGCUAGCUUAUAUUUCCCAAAAAUUUUCAAAGCAUCCAAAUAUUCUUACAAGGUCUGCAUCUUUGCCUACUUGUGUUCGUUUGCAUGUGAUUAGUGAAAGAUCAUCUCCACCAAUAAAACUCAAGCGAAGGUGCAGUCUUCCUUCCUUUAUUAACUUUGAAACUUUUGUAAAAACACAAGGAGGAAUCACUACAGGAGUUGCUGAUAGAGAAUGGGUCAGAAAUAUAUGGAACAUGUGGUUUGAUGAAGUCUUUCCACCAUUGAAAUCAUUGCGAGAAGCAGCUAUUGAUCAAAAAGACAGUUCCCUGCAUGACAAAAUAAACAAAUCUCAGCAAGCGAUGAACGGCUUGGGAGAGAUACAAUUGCAGAAUUUGUCUCUGGAAAUGUAUCCUUUGUACUCUACUGUUUCCGAAUCUGAAAAGGCUCCGGAUGACUUGCUUUCUGAAGUGAACAAACUAACACGCCUCAUAAAUGUACAAGGCAAAAAGUCUGCUUUUUAUUACGGUCGGCGAGGAGCUUUGCGUAGAAAAUUAGCACAACUGAAAUUAGCCAUGGAAGAUUUAAAUCAAGCAAUUAAAUUAGAACCAAUGCUGCUUAAUGCUUAUUGGCACAGACACUUAAUUUACCUUCUACAGAUGAAAACAUCUGAAGCACUGGAUGAUCUAAACUAUAUACUUAAGCACAAUAAGAAUCACGCAGAUGCUUACACAUCAAAGGGCGAUAUUUACAGAGAUAAAGGGGACAUUACAAUGGCAAUCAUAAAUUAUUCUCAAGGACUCAAAUGCAGACCUGAUGAAGACAUUUACUUUCGAAGAGCUCAGUUGUAUGAGGCUAGUAAUGAUCUGCUUAUGGCUAUGGAAGAUUAUCGCAUGGCUUUUACUUUGAAUCCCAAAAGAACAGAUGCUCUGAUGAAACAUGGCCUAUAUUAUUUUGAUACUUCCAACUGGCCAACAGCAAUUAAAGACUUUACAGCAGUAAUUAAAGAUGAGCCUAACAAUGCUCAAGCAAGGGAUUAUCGUGGACAAGCAUAUGCUAAGCAAGGACUGUUCAGAGAGGCUAUUGUGGAUCUGUCUGUUGCAAUACAUUUGGAACCUAACAACUGGAUGGAUUUCUAUCAUAGAGCUUGCCUGCUACGAAAGGUUCACCCGUAUAAAGCUUUACAGGACUUCAGUGUUUCAGUGCUUAUCAAUAAUGAGGUUGAGAAUUUGAAUUCGUUUUUACAUCGUGGAAUUUUGUACACUGAGCUCAACCAGUGGCCUGCAGCUAUAUGGGACUUUGAAUGGGUAAUCAAGCUCGACAGAGCGGUUUCUUUAGCUCACAUAAACCUUGGGCUUAUUUUCCUCUUAAAAAUGGAUCACUAUUAUGAAGCCAUCCACAGAUUUACAGAUGCCUUAAAGGUUGAGCCAACCUCCACAAAAGCAUAUGUGUGUCGGGCAGAGGCAUAUCGUAAGGUACAUAAUCUUGGAAAAGCUUUGAAAGAUAUAACAUGUGCCAUCCAUCUCCAACCUCAAACACAAAACCUAUACCUGAUAAGAGGUCAAUAUCUACUCCAAAUGAAAAAACUUGAUCUUGCAAGCUUCUAUAUCCAAUAUGCUGCUGAAAUCAAUCAAGGCACAGCCCGUGACUCAUCACCAACUCAACAAGCUACAGUACAAUCCUUUUUAAAAAAUUAUGAUAGAGCUAUAGAUAAUCUGAAAGAACUUGAAAAAUCGUCCCCAUUGUUAACCUUACUUGGACAAACUCAAAUGAAAGCUGGAAGGCAUCAGGAAGCCCUGAUUAGCUUUCAAGAAGCUUUGGAUAUGGCAAUUGAAAGAUCUGAACUGGAAUUGACAAGCGAUCCAUCAGAAUUUGCAGGUUUAUAUUAUCUCAUGGGUUGCUGCAAUGUUAAGCUGAAUAAACUGAUCGAGGCAAUAGAUUCGUUUAAUAAAGCACUGAAAAUGCACUCAAAUUUUGCUAACGCAUAUUAUCAGCGUGGAUUGUGCAGAAUGAAGCUUCGUGAAAUAAAUUCUAUCUACGACUUUCACAGAGCACUUGCAAUCGACCCUCAACUCUUUGAGGCCUACCUAAGCCGAGCUGUGUACUAUGCAAUGCAGCAGCGCUAUCUUAAGGCCAUUCUAAGCUGUAAUGAAGCACUGAAGCUGCAACCCCAGAGUGCAAGAGCCUUUCUUUGUAGAGGAGCACUGAAAUAUCAUGCUAAGUUAUAUCACUUGGCAAUUGAUGACACAACUGCUGCAAUAAACAUUGAUGAGACCUGCAUCUUGGGUUACUUUAACAGGGCUGUCAGUUAUCAACAAGCAAAUGAUCUUCAAAAGGCACUGAAAGAUUAUGGGAUAAUCCAGCUACUUGGGUGCAAAAAUAAAUUAAAUCUGAAGGCAUUAAUUAAUCGUGGUCUACUGUAUCUGAGCAUGGAAGAUUACUUCAAUGCAUCGCAGGAUUUUAAAGCAGCAAUUGUGGAAGAUCCUAAAAAUCCCAGCAUACAUCAUGCGAUGGCAAUCAGCUAUCAUAAGCUCCACUAUUUAGAAGAAGCUGUGAACUGUUUCACCCAAGCUGUGAAAUUGGACCCAUUUUUUGCGGAUGCAUAUAAUGGACGUGGAAAUGUAUAUAUGGAUAGUGGUCACCCAGCUGGAAUAAAGCAAGCACAGAAAGAUUUUGUUCGAGCACUUCAUUUAAAUCCGAGAUGUGUGAAAGCCAGAAUCAAUCUGGGAUACAAUUUACAGGUACUGGGAGCAUUUCAGAAAGCCUGGUAUCACUUUACAAUUACAGCUGAUAUUGACCCAAACUUCGAGGAUGCAUAUGAAGGUCGGGCAAUCGUUAGUCUUCAAAUGAACAACACACUUGGAGCAUUACACGACAUGAAUGCUGCAUUGGGGAUCGCCAAAUCAGCAAAGUUGUUUACAAAUCGUGGUGUGAUUAACCAGUUUAUGGGAGACCUACCUGAUGCUAUGAGAGACUAUAAAAGAGCAAUAGCUCUCGACCCCACCUAUUCACUGGCUUAUCUCAACCAGGCCAAUCUUUACCUCUACAACAGCCAAUUUCAACAGGCCCAUGAUCAGUACACCAAGGCAAUCGAUCUGCAACCAAGAGAUGAAUCUGCUUUGCUGAAUCGAGCAAUUUGUCGUGUUAUGCUUAAGCUUGUCAAAGAGGCACUGGAGGACUUUGAGGAAGCUAUUAAACUUAGUCCUUACUCAGCUCACAUAUACUUUAACAGAGCAAACCUCUUUGCCACUCUAAAGCAGUACCAGGAUGCUGAAAAAGAUUAUUCACAAGCACUAUUGCUAAUGCCAGACGAUGCUCUAUUUUACAAACUCCGCGCGGAUGUCCGUGGCCAUUUGGGUUUGACUGACCAAGCUAUAACUGAUUACAAAAUUGCUAUCAGCAUCCAAGAAGAUAAGUAAGCUGGAUAUCUGCUUUUGUGAGUGACUCUUAGAUUAAAGAUUUAUAAAAACUUUGAAUCAAAAUGAACCACAUUUUAACUUUUUUUUUGUACAAAUGUCUUAGUUCUGCCAAUAUAUUAAAAAUGAAUUUAACAUUAUUCAAUGCAACAUGGUCUUAUUUUAUCACUCCAAUAUUUGCAAUUAUCAUCCUUGUUAGAAAGAUUACAUAACAUGUAAUGUGUUCCUAAAAUACUUAAAUACAAAAUAAUUUUAUUCUAUCGUGUAGUUUCAUGUUCUCUCUUAUUUUCUUCCUUGGUACAAGAUAUGUGACCAAUAAAAGAAUUUAAAAGAAUGUUUUCAAUAUUGAUGUCAAAUCCUAAAAUGCAAAUAAUUCUAUUUAAAUUGAAAAA